GCCCCUCUUCCCUCUCUCCCGUUCCUCGGAACAAGCUUAGCACCCUGUCCGCAAUUCUCCCUCUACUACAUGCCCCAAGUCACUAUUCACACCCCAUCCCUAGCUUCCAGUUUCUCGACAAUUCUUCUUCUUCUCGACCUUUGGCCUGCCAACAGGUAACAAUUGCCGGCACAUUCAAGCAUUAACUCAAGUGCAUAUACAACAAACUCAGGCACGAGCUAGGGCAAAAACUGCAACAAACGGAACACCACGGAAGAAGACAGAAACAACACUUCCUUUUUUUUCUUCUUCCCCCUCCAACGAACCGAAAAACAACCUCAUCGUCACAUCGCCGGUACCAGACGGCAACGAGAGACAGGGGCAACGAAUAUCCAGAUCCAAUGAGUUUUUCAACUACUGCAGAUAUUCCGAUCAGAGUCACGUCUGAUAACGCUGCUUCCGAGCGCCGUGUCACCCCCUCGUGGACCAUUUCUGAGCUCAAGAAUAAGCUUGAACCCGUCACUGGCAUCCCUCCGCCUUCACAGCAACUCACGCUGCGCGUGCCACAUGCUCCCCAGCCUAUACCCAUCUCGAGCCAUGACGAGGAACACACGCAGAUAGCAGCCUUUCCUCUUCAGCCUUACGUUGAACUACACGUUGCGGAUUCGCGUCCGCUCGCAGCUCGCCCCAAUUUCGUGGAUACUACUAGCAUUGAGAAGUAUGUGAUGCCGGAGGAGGAGUACGAUAAGCUCCAGGACAGCGUCCUUGCUUGGAAGAAGCGAAAUAAGCUCGGCCGGUUCGACCCGGAUAAGGAGGAGAAGGAUCGGAUGGAGCUGAGGAGGCAGUAUGACGAGGUGGGCGCUAGAAAGAUAGUGGUAGGUGCUAGAUGUCGGGUUGGAGCAUCGGAUCUAGAUCGCAGAGGUACGAUCAGGUACGUUGGGGAGGUCAAUGAGAUUCCUAAUGGUGGAGUAUGGGUUGGCGUAGAGACAGACGAGCCAACAGGGAGGAACGACGGAUCUAUCCAGGGCAAGUUCUACUUCAAGUGCGAGGCCAAGCAUGGGUCCUUUGUGAGACCUGAUCGCAUUGAGGUUGGGGAUUUUCCUGUGAUUGACGAUCUGGACGGUCUGGAGGAGAUAUAACACUCCAAAUGGUAUAGAUUUAAUUAAACGCGUGCUAGCCUUUUUCCAUUGCACGGCGUAGCAAAUAUCACUAUCAAAAUAAGAUAAAAAAACACUCCACAGGAUGCCUACUCGUACCGUAAGGGCUUGCGGGCGCUGCAACUUUUUGGGGUGUGCUUCUUGGGAUGGCGUCGCGGUGUUCGGUGUUCGGUGUCUGGUAUGCACAGGGUGUAUAUUAUCCUUUCGGUACCUUGUUUUAUCCCACCCAGAUGUGGGGCCUGACG